AUGCACUGGCCCGGGACUGAGGUGCACACGAGGCAGAUGCACACGAGCUGCCGCCCCUCCCUUGCAGGCUACAGCAUGUUUGCCGUGGGCAUCGGGACCCUGCUCUUCGGGUACUGGAGCAUGAUGAAGUGGAACCGGGAGCGCAGGCGCCUGCAGAUCGAGGACCUGGAGUCCCGGAUCGCCCUGAUGCCGCUGUUCCAGGCUGAGAAGGACCGCAGACGUUAUGAUAUGCUGCGGGAGAACUUGGAGGAGGAGGCGGUCAUCAUGAAGGACGUGCCCGACUGGAAGGUGGGCGAGUCGGUGUUCCACACAACGCGCUGGGUGCCCCCCAUGGUGUGCGACCUCUUCCAUCUGCGCACCAGCGAAGAGUCGGUCAACGCCAGCUAUGGCUUCAUGUGGUACACGUAGGAGCGCAGGAGCCGCCGCCGC